CGAGAAGGGGUGCUGUUUCUGUUUAAAGGGAUUUAAGCGUCCGCAUGACCGGUCCUGUUGCUAACACUGCAGAACAAAUGGCUGAAGCCAUGGACACUGUUGCCGCCUUUCCUGAUGCCUGGGAUGCCAAGGGAAAAGGGGUCAAAGGAGGCAAAGGCAAGCGUCAACAGCAUGGUGAUCAGGGUCGCAAGGGCAAAGGCGGCAAAGGCGGCGGCAAAGGAGGAAAAGGGGGCAAGAAUGGAGGAAAGGAGGAGCUCCCCACUGAGCGGAAGGACGAACUGGAAGCCCAGCUCAUCGCGCUAAGCCGUGGCACGGAGAGCUCCGCGACUCCUCGGGUGGGCGACCUGGUAGAAGUGAAGGUCUUGGGCUCCGAUCCGCAGGAACUACAAGGCCAGAUGGGCCCGGUUUUGGGCAUUGCCUCUCUGCCGAGCCUGGCCACCCCAGCCAUCACCGUGCGCCUGCCUUCGGGCGAGACCUCAGUGAGCGCCAGUGAGCUGCGGAUCGUGGAGGCGCAGCGACCGCUGCCAGAGGGCUCCCUGAGCUUUCCCAAGAGCCUUACUGGCAUGGAGCGAAAGUUUGUGCACUCAGUUUGUGAACGCCUGGGCUUGAUCUCACAAAGCUUUGGCAAAGGUGAUGAUCGAUACAUCACGGCCUUCCGACCCGCAGAAGGUUCUGGGAGCUCUGGUUGUGAACCUUCAGCACCAUCACCCUGCUCACCCAGCACAACAGUGAUCGAUGUGUCUGGAGUGAAACUCGACGACGAGUCAAAAAGAGCGCUCCUAGAUGCAGUAGUGGUGCCCGAGGGAUGGGUUUCUUCAGCAGAGCGUAUGGUGGUUUGCCAUGGUUCUUUUCAGAAGCCGAAGCAAAUGGACCACAGGUCGGUGGUACCAGACUUGUUGAAUGAGAUCGCAACGUUGCGGCCGGGGAGCACAGCCAGUUUAAGAGUUGUGACAGUUGCACGAGGUGGCUGGGCCGAUAUGUUCAUCAACGUUUAAAUCAUUGAACAUGACAAGUAACUCAAUUGAUCAGCGGCAAAAUUCUAUCGGCGGUUUGCUUUCCAGGUGAGAAUACCAUUGCUGUGGGUGUACUGGGGGUGCCUUCAGCUGACCGAAAUCCACAUGUGCUUGUCGCGACUUCUCCUGGAGCCCAUGCUGUGGUCAAAGAUUUACAUUGGAAGCCUUGGCAGAAAGAUGCGUUGGUCUUAACCGGGCACUUGACGGAGUGGCCCCGCGAUCCGCCUGCAGCUUGACGCCUAUGUCGAGACCAUCAAGGAGAAGCAUACGUAUAUCACAGAAAGCGCUCUCAAAAAGCACAGCAGGUGACAUAUGGCAGGAUCAAAUUCUGGACUGACCUGUAUUCUCGGACGCGUGGAGUUUCUCAAAGCCUUUUGCGGAGCUUCAAAUCUCAGGAGUGAGAAACCCGCCCAAGCAAGCACGCACCCGCGGAA